AUGGCUUUCGAAAUGCUUUUGGAUGUUGCCUCGGAAUAUGAGGUCGUUUUGAAACCCGCAGUCAUUGUGACCGAUUUUGAGAAAGCGGUCAUUAAUGCUGCGAGGGAAAUUUUCCCUUCUUUACAAUUCACGCGGAGAGUAAGAAAAUGUAUUGAAAUUGAUUUGUGCGUUUUGAUUGAAACGGGAAAAAUUAUUGCAGAGAAAAUCGUCUGUUAUGUGGGCACGUGGGCUGUGUACAGGCCCGGUCGGGGUGGCUUCGGUAUCGAACAUAUCGACCCGUUCCUGUGUACUCAUCUGAUGUACUCGUUUUUCGGAAUCAACGAAGAUGGUACACUGCGUAUCAUUGACCCCUAUUUGGAUCUGGAGGAGAAUUGGGGCCGAGGUCACAUAAAGCGCUUCAAUGCUCUGAAGGCUGUGAACCCGGCGCUGAAAACAAUUGCCGCCGUCGGCGGUUGGAAUGAGGGCUCGGUUAAGUUUUCCAACGUUGCCGGCAAGCCGGCAUUGCGGCAACGUUUUAUUCAAGAUGCUGUAGCAUUUUGUCGAAAGUACGACUUCGACGGUGUGGACUUGGACUGGGAAUAUCCGGCACAGCGGGGUGGAAAUGAGGCUAACGAUAAGGAAAAUCAUGCACUGUGGCUAGAGGAAAUGCGAAAAGUUUUUGACCGUAAGGGUUUACUUUUGAGUGCAGCUGUAGCCUCAGCGGAGUUUUCGUCCGGCACAUCGUACGACAUCCCACGAGUGGCAGCUGCACUACACUUCAUCAACGUAAUGACGUAUGACAUGCACGGAGCCUGGGAAAACACCUGCGGUUUGAAUGCCCCCCUCUAUGGAGGGCCUGCUGAUGUGUCCGAAUUACAAAAACAGUUGAACGUUAAUGCCAGUAUACACUAUUGGCUGUCGCAGGGAGCCCCGAAAGAGAAGCUUGUCCUGGGCAUUCCACUGUACGGUCGAUCAUUUACGCUGGCGAAUCCGGCCGUUACCGAUAUCGGAGCCGCGGUCACUGGACCGGGAAUGGCAGGUCAGUACUCCCGAGAGCCGGGAGUACUUGGAUACAACGAAUUUUGCGAAUUGCGACAGCAAGAGCAGUGGAAAAUUUGGUUCAGCGAUGAACAGCAAGCAUAUUACGCUACCAAAGGGAACCAGUGGUUGGGCUUCGAGGAUAAGAACUCGCUUGCGCUCAAGAUGAAGUUUCUCUUGGAUUUGGAUCUCGGCGGAGCCAUGGUAUGGUCUUUGGAAAGUGAUGAUUUUCACGGGCUUUGCAGCACGGAAAGGUAUCCAUUAAUGAACGUUAUCUACGCGGCGCUUCGUAAUGGAGCUUUGCCACCCACAUCCGCUCCGCCUUCUUCAUCGACAACUAGGACUACGACUACUACUUCUGCACCAGGAACCGGAUCGGAUUGUACGGCCGAAGGCAUGUUCCCGAAUCCGGACAAUUGCCAGGACUAUUAUAUCUGCACGGGCGAGGGACAUCGGUAUGAUUUUACCUGUCCAAAGGGAUUACUAUUCGAUCCAGUCAUUAACAAUUGCAACUGGCCAGAACAGGUUGACUGCCAAACAAACAAUGAGAUAUAA